AUGCACGGUUUCAUGUCGACGGGCUCUUUCGAGCUACCCAAUUACUACUCUUGUCCGUCUAGCAGAGAGGAGGCCGAUCAGGAGGCUAAGCAAUCCAGUUUUAUGGAACUUCAGAAGGAAGAGAUAGAGAUAUUCUGGAAUCAGCAACUGUUUGAAAUUCAAAACACAACAGUGGCAAAAGCACACCACGAACUCCCUCUUGCCAGGGUCAAAAGAGUCAUGAAAUCUGAUGGAGAAGUCAAGAAGGUGAGAUCGGAGACUCCGGUUUUGUUUUCGAAAGCAUGUGAGCUUUUCAUUAUGGAGCUCACACUUCGUUCAUGGCUACACACUGAAAGAAGCAAUAGACGUACGUUGCAGCAUUGUGACACUGCCAGGGCAAUUAUGCAGGAUGAGCUGCUUCACUUUUUAGUUCAUGCUGUUCCAUUCGACCAUGCUCAUUGCCAUAAGGAAGAGGAGAUUGGAAAAUUUUCUCAAAACGUUGAUUCUCGUACUACUGGAGCAUUGCGUCUUCGUGAGACAAACCAGCUCGGUGGGGGUAUGGGCGAAAUGAAUCAAGUGCUUCAGCAAUACAUGAUUGACCCAUCAAUGUCCUCGGCUGAACUCCAUCGUGACUAUUUUGAAGAUGAUGAAUGA